UGGCAUGACAGAUUGAUUCGAAAUUCGUAAUAAUUUGCCACAAUAAGAAACCUUCAUUAUUGCAAUUUCUUGACAAUGCAAUCAUCGAUAUAUUUUUGUUCUGACAAAUAGCCGAAGAAAGACUUCCUGACAAUGUUAUUUAAAGACUGUCAGAAUGAAUCUUCCAGUAACAAAGAAAAGUAAAGACGAUACAAACAAAGGAGAAUCUAGCUUAGAUAUUUCCAAGGAAGCAAAAAGUAUGAUAGAUAAAAUCUUAGGAGAUGUGAGCAAAAAGUCUGCCACCAAACAAAUCAUUAUUGGUACAACAUCAGGAUGGUUGACCGGUUUUGUAACAAUGAAAGUUGGAAAAGUUGCUGCAUGCGCAGUUGGUGGUGGAAUUAUAAUAUUACAAAUUGCAGCACAUCAAGGAUACAUCAAAAUUAAUUGGGAUAAAAUUCAAAAGAAAGCUGAAAGAAUUACAGAUAAAGUAGAGGAGAAGGUAACAGGUGAAGGGCCAAAGCUUCUGGAUAAGGUCGAGAGAUACGUUGAUAAAAAGCUAGAUAAAGCUGAACAAUUAUUGAAAAAUGGUGAAUCUCGUACGCGCCGUUGGUACCACUCUAUAACUGGUGAUACCUCCUUUAAACCUACAGAAUUUCACUUUUUCCUUGCAUCUUUUGUAGCUGGUUUAGCACUUGGUUUUGCAACUGGCAAUUAGAUUUAAAUAUGCUGUAUUCUGAAUGCAUAAAUCAAGUGCUUAUAUCUUAAGAAUAAAACAUAAAAACAGAACUUAUGUUUUGAGAAUGCUGAUGUUUAAACAUACCUAACGGUAUGUAUAAAACAAAUGAAAUUUUACUUUUUUCUAUUUAUAAUUCGAUUAUUUCGUAGUUGAGUUUAUGGAUUUCUAAUUACAUAAUUAAUAAUAUAAUAAUUUAACAUGAAUGACAUAUAAAUAUACAGUUAUAUAUAUAUUUAUUUUUUUUAUUAAUAUUAUAUUUACUAUUGUGUAAUGUGUUGAUUAAUUUUUCAUUAAUUAAAUAAUAAUAUUGAUAUAAAAUGUAUUAAAAUAAAUAUAAAAAUAUAUUUUGCAUUCAGAUUACAGCAAAAAUAAUGCAGUGAUUUUAGAAAGUAUAUUUAUAAAAUAUAGAAAUUAACAUAAUCUUUAUAUCAAACUUACAAUAAUUUCAGACUGCAACAAAAUUUUUUGGAAAAAUAUUGUUAUUUAAUUUAUUACAUAAAUAGUAUUGUUUAAUUAGGAACUCUUCAAAAAUAUAAAAUGGACACAAUAAUGUAAAAUAAAAGACAAUGUUAAAGUAGA